AACACCGAGGGAGCUGAAUUAGUAGACUCAGUUCUAGAUGUUGUGAGGAAAGAAGCGGAGACUUGCGACUGUCUACAAGGAUUCCAGCUCACACACUCCCUUGGAGGUGGUACCGGAUCUGGAAUGGGUACCCUCCUCAUCUCAAAGAUCCGUGAGGAGUACCCCGACAGGAUAAUGAACACCUACUCAGUCGUACCGUCGCCGAAAGUGUCGGAAACUGUCGUAGAACCCUACAACGCCACUCUAUCCGUACAUCAACUUGUAGAAAACACCGACGAAACGUAUUGUAUCGAUAAUGAGGCUCUUUAUGACAUCUGCUUCAGAACGUUGAAACUGACAAGCCCUACGUACGGUGACUUGAACCAUCUGGUAUCCCUCACCAUGUCUGGAGUCACUACCUGUCUUAGGUUCCCUGGUCAGUUGAACGCUGAUCUCCGCAAGCUGGCUGUGAAUAUGGUUCCUUUCCCGCGUCUCCACUUCUUCAUGCCAGGAUUCGCCCCUCUUACGUCAAUGGGUAGUAAGCAGUAUAGAGCCCUCACCGUACCAGAACUUACUCAACAAAUGUUUGACGCCAAAAACAUGAUGGCCGCCUGCGAUCCAAGACACGGAAGGUACCUCACGGUUGCAGCGAUAUUCCGUGGAAAAAUGUCGAUGAAGGAGGUUGAUGAACAAAUGAUGAACAUCCAGAACAAGAACAGCAGCUACUUCGUCGAGUGGAUCCCGAACAACGUGAUAACAGCUGUGUGCGAUAUCCCUCCACGUGGUUUGAAGAUGUCCGCUACUUUCAUCGGCAACACCACAGCAAUCCAGGAGCUCUUCAAGCGAGUUUCAGAACAGUUCACUGCUAUGUUCAGGCGGAAGGCUUUCUUGCACUGGUACACCGGCGAAGGCAUGGACGAGAUGGAAUUUACAGAGGCUGAGUCCAACAUGAACGACUUGAUAUCGGAAUAUCAACAGUACCAAGAAGCGACAGUGGAGGAAGAAGGAGAAUUUGACGACGAGGAGGAAGUGGAAGUCGAAAAUAACUAGUUUGUUGGUUAAAUGUUCAAAAAUGAUGUUGUACACUUUUUAUUUCCAGUAUUUUUGUAUAUAGACAUUCCUCUUUUGUUAAAACGAAUAACAACUACAUAUAUAGUUGGGCUAUUACGACCUUCUGUUGACUUCAUUUUUAUUGUUCUCGUUCGAAGUACUUUGACAGAUUGUUUUUAAAAAUGAACAAUAAAUACACUGCCAUUGUUUAUAUAAA